GAUGUGUCUUCUAUAUAAGAACCUCACAUUUAUUCAAGAUUAGAAAGACAACACUUUCGAUUUGAAGACAAUAAUUACAUAAUUUGUUAUUACUUGUUUGUUUGAGUGUGAUCCUUCUACAUGGCAUACCCAAACCCUCAUUAUCCACCUCAGCCCACCACCUCCGUUCCGAUGCCGGCGGUGCCGACCACCGUGAUCGGGCCCCAGUUCUGCGCUCCGUACCCCGUGGAUCUGGCGGUGGUGAAGAAGGUGAUGACCAUCGCCGACGGCAACUUCGUGGUCACCGACGUCAACGGCAACGUGGUCUUCAAAGUCAAGGGCUCUCUCAUGACCCUCCGUGACCGCCGCGUCCUCCUCGACGCCGCCGGCCACCCCCUCGUCACCCUCCGCCGCAAGAUUAUGACAGCACAUGAUCGGUGGCAAGCUUUCAGAGGGGAAAGCACAGACGACAAAGAUUUAAUAUUUUCUCUGAAGCGAUCGUCUCUUAUUCAGUUUAAGACGAAAUUGGAUGUGUUUUUGGCGAAUAACACAAGAGAAGAUAUUUGUGACUUUAAGGUCAAAGGUAGCUGGUUUGAACGAUCUUGCGUUGUUUAUGCUGGUGAAUCUAACAACAUCGUUGCCCAGAUGCAUAAAAAGCACACAGUUCAGAGUAUUUUGAUUGGAAAAGACCAUUUCAUGGUGACGGUUUAUCCCAACAUUGAUUAUGCUUUCAUAGUGGCGUUAAUAGUGAUUCUUGACGAGAUUAACGAUGAUGCAAGAGAAGCAGCAAGUGCUGCUUCAUAGUAACUUUUCACUCAAGAGUACUAGAAUUGUGUGUUUAAGGAAAACUGUAUGUGUUUGUAGAAAGGGAGUUUGUGAACUUAGUGCUUGUAGGAGGAAGUGUUCUUUCUAAAUGUGCCUAUGUGGUGGAGUUUGGAUACAAAGUAUAGUUAAGUUGUUCAUCUUCUUGUGCGUAAAAAGGAGUUGUCUUUCAUCUCUUAUCUGUUAAGAAAAGUGGUUUCUAAUCUGAAUCAUUAUUUCUAUA